UAAAAUUGGCGCCAAUUUAGCUUUUAUUGAGUUGAAAACAAAAACAUAUAACAAGAAUAAAUAAUUUAUAAUGAAGUUUGCAAUACCAGAAAUUUCUUGGCACAAUAGGGAUCCUGUGUUAAGUGUAGAUUUUCAACCACGAUCUGAUUUAAAAGAUCCCUUACGUCUUGCUACUGGUGGUACAGAUUCUCACGUUGUCAUAUGGUAUGUUUCAGUAUCAGAAACAGGAACAGUCAAUUUAGAAGUAGCAGCAGAUCUAACAAAGCAUCAUAAAGCAGUUAAUGUUGUAAGGUGGUCACCCAAUGGCCAGUUAUUAGCAUCUGGUGAUGAUGAGUCUAUUGUAUUUGUUUGGAAACAAAAGAAUGAGGAUCCAGCCCCACCUGUGGAGGGUGAAGAGCAGUAUAAAGAAACAUGGGUUAUACAUAAGACUCUCCGUGGUCACAUGGAAGAUGUCCUUGACCUGAGCUGGAGUAGUGACUCCCUCCACCUGGCAUCAGGCUCAGUGGAUAACAAGUUAUUGGUGUGGGAUGUGGGUCGUGCACGGUAUACCAGCCUGAUAAAUGAUCAUAAGGGCUUUGUACAAGGUGUGGCUUGGGACCCUAAGGGGCAGAUAAUAGCAUCCACAUGUACAGAUAGAGUAUUCCGCACAAUAGACAUAACAACAAAAAAAGUGACUUCACGAAGCAGCAAAGCCAUUCUUCCAUUUCCUCCUGAUCAUCCCUUGCAUGGAGUUAAAGUGCGACUCUACCAUGAUGAUACUCUACAGACUUAUUACCGCAGAUUACAUUUUAGUCCUGAUGGCAUGUUUAUAGCUGUUCCUGGAGGCAAAAUCGAACCUGAACAAGGCAAGGUGGAUAUAAAGCCUAUCAAUGCUGUAUAUAUUUAUUCAAGAUACUCUCUUAAAGUUCCGCUGUGCGUGGUGCCGUGCGGCGAGCCGGCGCUGGCGGCGCGCUGGGCCCCGGCGCAGUUCCGCGUGCGCGCCGGCGGGCCCGCGCCGCGCUGCCCCGCGCCGCGCCGCGUGAGCGCCCGCAGCAUAAUACUCACUGUCACCUGAAAACUAUAUUAAAAUCUUGUAACUUUAUUGCGCAGACUCACAGACCUUAGCUGGUCAAGCGACGGGCGAGUGCUGGUCGCUUCGAGCACGGACGGGUUCUGUUCGCUCAUCACCUUCGAAGAGAACGAGUUGGGUGAAGCCCUGCCCCCCACCGCCGAUGUGCCAGCUACAGAGGCAAUGGAUGUAGACGAACCCCAAACAGAAAUAAAGGAAACUCCAGAAGAAAAACCAGUAAAGACCAAAUCAGAGCUGCCCAAAAUAGAUUCAUACAUUAAAUUCAAAACACCUUCAGAGAAAUCACCUAAAAAACAAAAAGUCGAAACGACGCAACAGAAAACGCCAGUCAAAGUGGAUUUAUUAGUGGAAACUGCGAUGCCUUCGUGGUCGGAUAAUUCUAGCAAUGACGUCAUCAAACCGAGUAAAAACAAUGACGUAGUUAUCGUAGAAGAUAGUGAAGACAUGAAACUUGUAUAUGACGAUACGGAAGGCAAGAGCCAAUCUCCGAAGAUAAUCACCGAGAAUGAACACGCAGAAUCAAAUAAAAAAUUAACAGAAUCUCCUAAAAAUGCAAAUAAAUCGAGCGAAAAAACAUCAGCGAUAUCCUCUAAAAAUAGCCAAGGAUCUCAGCCAAGUACUCCGACGUCGAAAAACGUAGAUUUUAUGAAGCAAGCUAAAAUAACAGAUAUCAAAAAGCCCGUGUCAGUUAAAACUGUACAGAGCCCCAAAGCGCCACGGCGAGUUAGCUUUGUGACUCUAUCUAGCCCUAAGAACAAGAAAUCCUGUUAGUUGUAAUAAAUUACUAUUUAUGAC